UACAGCAGCCUAAGGUCAGAUUAAAACAGGAAGAGGCCAGUUGGCCACGUGUGAGCACAGGUUGGAGUUAGGGCUUAGAGGCAGAUCAGUGUCAGAGGAUAUAUAAACCAGCUCAAACAUAUAGUCUGUCACUCACACACUGCUGGACUUUGGACUAUAUAUUUACACCAUCAAGUUGUUUCUCACUAUAGGACUAUCCAGAGAUCCAGGGAAGUUACAGAUCAAAGAUCCACUCUACACAGAAGACAUCUGCUCUGCAUUUACUGAACUUCACCCUUGUUCCUGUUGUGCUUUACUCUGCAUCAGCAGUCAUGGUUCUGGAGGAGAAUGAGUGUGACUCUGUCUUUGAACCCCAAAUCACUGAGGAGCAUGUAGAGACUCAGUAUGGGAACGUCCACUGCAUCAUGACAGGGACUCCAAGGGCAAAUCGCCCCGUCAUCCUGACCUUUCAUGAUGUUGGACUGAACCACAAGACCUGUUUUGAGACUCUGUUCAACCACGAGGACAUGCAGGAGAUCAUCAGACAUUUGCCUGUUUGUCACGUUGAAGCACCAGGACAACACGAGGGAGCCAAAACUCUCCCUACUGCGUAUACCUACCCUACCAUGGACCAGCUGUCUGAGGCACUGCCUGCUGUCCUCAAACACUUUGGGUUGCGUAGUGUGAUUGGAGUGGGAGUUGGAGCAGGAGCCUACAUCCUGGCGAGAUUUGCUCUGAAUCAUCCCGAUCUGGUGGACGGGUUACUCCUGAUCAACAUCAACCCCAGCGCUGAAGGAUUAAUGGAUACUGUUGCAAACAAGAUCACUGAAUGGACCCACACUCUCCCAGACACAGUCAUUUCACACUUGUUUGGAAAGGAUGAGAUCCAGACCAACCACGACCUUAUCGCCACAUACCGUCACCACAUCACAACAACCAUGAACCAGUCCAACGUGAGCCACUUCUUCCGCUCCUACAACAACCGCACCGCUUUGGAGGUGGAGAGGCCUGUUCCUGGAGGAAACAUCAAUGCCAGGACACUCAAGUGUUCCACUCUGCUGGUUGUGGGAGAUAAUUCUCCAGCUGUGGAGGCCGUGGUCGACUGCAACUCUAAACUCAACCCAACCAAGACCACACUGCUCAAGAUGGCAGAUUGUGGAGGCCUUCCUCAGGUGGAUCAGCCAGCCAAAGUGACUGAAGCCUUCAAAUAUUUCAUCCAGGGCAUGGGAUACUUGUCCAGUGCCAGUAUGACCAGACUUCGCUCACGGACAACCUCCAGCUCCAGCAUCUCAUCCUUCGAUGGCUCUCGGAACCGUGCACACACCAACGAGUUGCAGCGAGGCCGGACACACUCACACGGCACUGAGGAGAAGCGUGGGCGCUCACACACAGAUGUCUCCAUGGAAAGUAUUUCCAACAGUGCGCUGGACCAUAGCAUCUCAAAGUCCACUGAAGUGCCAUGCUAGAGCGCACUCUGCCCUGAAUCCCAUGCACUUAAUUCAAAUUAUACCUCAUUAUAUCGACCCAGCUUCAUUCUACAUUUUUUCUUACUGCUCCCUCUCUACCCCUCUUCAUUCAAUAAUGCCCUUUCAUCUGCACUAUAUCUAGCUGAAAGAUCACAGGUCAUACCUGUAGGUGACUUUCUUUCAUCGCUCUUUUCUUUGUCUCUAUCCUACUGUGUUUGCACCUAUCCACUCACCAAUUUCAGUACCUUUUCCUCACCAGUUCAGCCUCCCACUCUUUUAACCUGCCCUGAAUUGUGAGUUUUUCUCUCUGUUUCCGUUCAUGUCCUUGUCUUUGUCCACUUUCCUUUCUCUCUUCUACUUUUCUCCCCUCUGACUCUGACCCACAGGCUCCUUAUUCUCUUAUAUUCAUAAUGACGCACACCACAUGUGGAAAACAUAGAAGCUAUUGCGUAUUUGUGUAAAACUCAUAUGUGUAUUUAUGUAUAAUAAAUAUAAUUAAUAUAUAAAGAGUCAGCAGUUCCUGGUGGAUGUUCAUAACUGUAGGAAUGUGUAUUGAUUUUAUGCAGCUGUGACAGGUGUGUAUUAUUAACUGCAGGAAUAUGUUAUGGACAUACAUUUUAGUUCACAAAAUGUUUUAAAUUGGACUAGCUUUAGGAGUUCUGUGUAAAACAAACUUAUAUUAUUGCUGUAAAGGUAUGUUACGUUCAGUUCCAUUAUUAUGACUUUGUGUAAGUAUGUCUUGUAC